UAGUGCGUGCGCGGGGCAUGCCGGGAGUGGUUGUGUACCGUCGGCAACAGCAGGUGAAGCCUAGCAGAGGACGCGGCCAGGCGAUUCGGUGAAGCGAUUCCUGCAGGCGUUGGUUCCCCUCUUUGUCCUGGUAAAGGCAGGCUUUUAUGCGAGAGGAUUUGAAUUUGUUGAAAUGAGCAGUCGUAAAUCAAAGAGUAACAGCUUAAUUCACACAGAGUGCCUUUCACAGGUACAAAGAAUUUUACGUGAAAGAUUUUGUCAUCAAAGUCCACAUAGUAACCUAUUUGGAGUGCAAGUACAAUACAAACACUUAAGUGAGCUGCUGAAAAGAACCGCUCUCCAUGGAGAGAGUAACUCUGUCCUUAUUAUCGGACCCCGAGGAUCAGGAAAAACUAUGUUAAUAAAUCAUGCUUUGAAAGAACUCAUGGAAAUAGAAGAAGUGAGUGAAAAUGUAUUACAAGUUCACCUAAAUGGACUGCUGCAGAUCAAUGACAAAAUCGCCCUAAAGGAAAUCACAAGGCAGUUAAAUCUGGAAAAUGUAGUUGGAAAUAAAGUUUUUGGAAGCUUUGCUGAAAACCUUUCAUUUCUUCUGGAAGCUUUAAAAAAAGGUGACCGAACUAGCAGUUGCCCAGUGAUCUUCAUAUUAGAUGAAUUUGAUCUUUUUGCUCAUCAUAAAAACCAAACACUUCUUUAUAAUCUUUUUGACAUUUCGCAGUCUGCACAGACCCCAAUAGCAGUUAUUGGUCUUACGUGUAGAUUGGAUAUUUUGGAACUCUUAGAAAAAAGAGUGAAGUCAAGAUUUUCUCACCGGCAGAUACACUUAAUGAAUUCAUUUGGUUUUCCACAGUAUGUUAAAAUAUUUAAAGAACAGUUAUCUCUACCUGCAGAGUUUCCAGACAAGGUUUUUGCUGAGAAGUGGAAUGAAAAUGUUCAGUAUCUCUCAGAAGAUAGAAGUGUGCAAGAAGUACUACAGAAGCAUUUCAAUAUCAGCAAAAACCUGCGGUCAUUACACGUGCUAUUGAUGCUUGCUUUAAAUCGAGUAACAGCAUCACACCCAUUUAUGACUGCCGUAGAUCUAAUGGAAGCAAGCCAACUGUGUAGCAUGGACUCGAAAGCAAAUAUUGUACAUGGUCUGUCAGUCUUGGAAAUCUGUCUUAUAAUAGCAAUGAAACAUUUAAAUGACAUCUAUGAGGAAGAGCCAUUUAAUUUUCAAAUGGUCUAUAAUGAGUUUCAGAAGUUUGUUCAAAGGAAAGCACAUUCUGUUUAUAAUUUUGAAAAACCUGUUGUCAUGAAGGCUUUUGAACACUUGCAGCAAUUAGAAUUAAUAAAGCCCAUGGAAAGAACUUCAGGAAAUUCACAGAGAGAGUACCAGCUGAUGAAACUGCUUUUGGAUAAUACUCAAAUUAUGAAUGCUCUACAGAAAUAUCCCAACUGUCCUACAGAUGUGAGGCAGUGGGCAACAUCCUCACUAAGCUGGUUAUGAAUAUAACCAGUGACUUUAACUUUGGCAUUUCAUUCAUACUUCUGUAGAGAACGAAAAACUUGUCCAUUAACGUGAUACGCUAAACAUUCUAUAAACAUUUUUGUAUUUAUGUGAGACUUGCACAUCUGCUGUCUUGGCUGUGUCUUGCCUUUUAAUCAUGAACAGUUACAUGAUUUAUAAUUUCAGUGAUUGAGAUUACUUUGUAAGUAGCUGUUCAGAAGAAUAAAAUAUGACUGUUUUAGGGACUA